CUUGGCUUCAUAUCCAUCGGGGCUGGCUUCGUCCGCUCAAAGAUUGUCCUCAUCGUGCUACGUGCGCUGUGCGGCAUAGCUGGCAGCUUGACGAUCCCUUCGGCAUUAACUCUACUUGUCAACGUCUUCGUUGAGCCCUCUGAGCAAGCUCGAGCUAUCGGAGUAUUCGGUGGCUGCGGUGCCAUCGGCAACGUGCUCGGUUUGGUCAUCGGCGCCAUCUUCGUUCAGUACACCUCCUGGCCCUGGGUGUUUUGGUUCGUGGCCAUCGUGGCUUUACCUCUAGCUGGACUCUGCGUGUUCCUCAUCCCGAAGCAAGAGGAGAGAUAUGGAGAGGAGCCGAUGUCCUCCUCCGCCAAAUUCAAGAGUCUCGACAGCGUGGGCGUCUCGCUGCUAACAGUCUCGCUCAUCCUUCUCAUAUUCGCCGUCACGUCUGGCUCUUCCUCUGGAUGGGGCACUGCUACCGUUCUUGCGCCAUUGAUCAUCUCCAUCUUCCUCCUCGGCGGCUUCCUCUACUACGAGACGCUCAUUCCGCCUGAGACCGCCGCCGUCCCGCCCUCGACCUGGUUCUUCAAGAACUUCUCCGUCCUGUUCGGCGUCGCUCUCCUCCCAUACUUCUGGUGGACAACCGUCUUCACGAUCUACACCAACCUUUGGCAGGCCGUCUUCGGUUGGCGCGCUAUCGACAGCGCGAUUCACUUCAUCCCCAUCGGCGUCGUCGCCUUCGCCGCGAGCUGGACCGGUCCUCUCGCCCGCAUCGUGGACCCGAAGUGGAUCAUCCUCUCGGGCAACGUCUUGAUGAUCGUCGCGACCGUUCUCCUCGCGCUCGCCUCGAGCGCGCACGCCUACUGGCCGUUCGUCUUUCCCGCGUUCGUACUCGGGUCCACGGGCGCAAUGCUCACGUUCACGCACACCAACAUCGCCAUCUUCCGCACGACGCCGUCGCGGAUGGCCGGCACCGUUGGCGCCAUCUUCAAUGGCGCGCUCCAGCUCGGCUCGGCGGUGGGCAUCGCUGCUGUCACGAGCGUCGAGAGCAGUGUCGAGGAGAAGAGCAGCCGCGGGUUCGAGGGAUACGAGGGUCGCGCGGCGGCGUUUUGGUUCGUGCUCGGCAUUGUCGGGUUGGAGACGAUCUCGAUUUUGGUGUUCUACCGCCGCGUGGGGCGGGAAGCUGUGGACGAGGAGGCGAUCCAGGAAAAGAAGGACGUCGUGGAUGUAGAGGAAGAAAAUCGGACUCGUCAGCCGGAGUCAAGUCCCGUAGCGGAGGAUGAGAUUCAGAUGGAGAAGGAGGCUGCGCAAUCGGAGGAAGUGACCGAGCAUAGGAGGUGA